AUGCUUCGGCUCCUGCGGUUGCUGCUCCUGCUGCUGCUGCCUCCCCCGGGGUCCCCCGAACCCCUCGGCCUGGCUCCGCUGUCCCCUGGGGGGCCCCCUCAGGCCCCGGACUUGCUCUACGCGGAUGGGCUGCGCGCCUACACCGAAGGGGCUUGGGCGCAGGCCGUGGCACUGUUGCGAGAGGCGCUGCGGAGCCAGGCGGCGCUGGGCCGCGCGCGGCGGGACUGCGGCGCGAGCUGCGCGGCCGAGCCGGGCGCCGCGUUGCCCCCUGCGCCGGGGCCGGACGCUCCACAGGGCUCGUGGGAGCCACAGCUGCUCCGCGCCGCGCUCCGCCGAGCCGAAUGCCUGACCCAGUGCGCGGCGCGGAGGCUGGGCCCGGGUGGCGCGGCGCGGCUCCGCGUGGGGAGCGCGCUGCGUGAUGCUUUCCGCCGCCGGGAGCCCUACAACUACCUGCAGAGGGCCUACUACCAGUUGAAGAAGCUAGACCUGGCAGCUGCGGCUGCACACACCUUCUUUGUGGCCAACCCCACUCACCUGCAGAUGCGAGAGGACAUGGCCAAGUACAGAAGGAUGUCUGCGAUUCGGCCUCAAAGCUUCCGAGACCUGGAGACGCUCCCACACUGGUCUGCCUAUGACAGCGGCCUGGAGCUCCUGGGACGUCAGGAGGCCGAGCUGGCCCUGCCCCAGCUCGAGGAAGCCCUGCAGGAGAGCCUGGCCCAGAUGGAGAGCUGCCGGGCUGGCUGCCAGGGAGCUGAGGAGCAGCAGGAGGCUGAAGAAGAGGAAGAGGAAGGCUCUGGGGACCAGGGAGGUCUCUAUGAGGCCAUCGCAGGACACUGGAUCCGCGUCCUGCAGUGCCGGCAGCGCUGUGUAGGGGACACAGCCACGCGUCCUGGUCGCAGCUUCCCCCUCCCCGACUUCCUUCCCAGCCAGCUAAGGCGGCUGCAUGAGGCCUAUGCCCAGGUGGGGAAUCUGUCCCAGGCUGUGGAAAACGUCCUGAGUGUCCUGCUCUUCUACCCAGAGGAUGAGGCUGCCAAGAAAGCUCUGUCCCAGUACCAGGCAGAGCUGGGAGAGCCAAGACCGGACCUGGGCCCCAGAGAGGACAUCCAGCGCUUCGUUCUGCGGUCUCUGGGUGAGAAGAGGCAGCUCUACUAUGCCAUGGAGCACCUGGGACGCAGCUUCAGGGACCCUGAUGCCUGGACCCCAGAGGCUUUCAUCCCUGAAGCCCUACGAGCCAAGAUGAAAGAGGAUAACGAGAAGAGGACCUGGGACCGUGAGCCCCCGCAGCCGAAGCCCGUGACCUACUGGAAGGAUGUCCUCCUCCUGGAGGGGGUGACCCUGACGCAGGACGCCAGGCAGCUGAAUGGCUCGGAGCGGGCCGUGCUGGAUGGGCUGCUCACGCCGGCGGAGUGCGGGGUGCUGCUACAGCUGGCCAAGGAUGCGGCUGGGGCCGGAGCCAGGUCUGGCUAUGGAGGUCGACGCUCACCGCACACACCCCAUGAGCGUUUUGAGGGGCUCACGGUGCUCAAGGCUGCACAGCUGGCCCGCGCGGGGACUGUGGACAGCCAGGGCCCCAAGCUGCUCCUGGAGGUGAGCGAGCGCGUGCGCACCCUGACGCAGGCUUACUUUUCUCCCGAGCGGCCCCUGCAUCUCUCCUUCACGCACCUGGUAUGUCGGAGCGCCAUCGAAGGCGAGCAGGAACAGCGCAUGGAUCUGAGUCACCCAGUACACGCAGACAACUGCUUCCUGGACCCCGAUACCGGGGAGUGCUGGCGGGAGCCCCCCGCCUACACCUUUCGAGACUACAGUGGCGUGCUGUACCUCAACGAUGAUUUCCAGGGGGGUGACCUGUUCUUUACGGAGCCCAACGCCCUCACUGUCACGGCUCGGGUGCGUCCUCGCUGCGGCCGCCUUGUGGCUUUCAGCUCUGGAGGUGAGAAUCCCCACGGCGUGUGGGCCGUGACACGGGGCCGGCGCUGUGCCCUCGCCCUGUGGCACACAUGGGCACCAGAGCACAGGGAGCAGGAAUGGACAGAAGCCAAAGAGCUACUGCAGGAGCCAGAGGAGGAGGAAGACGAGGAAGACGAGGGGGAGGAGGAAGAAACGCCCAGCAGAGAUGCUUCCCCAGAACCCCCAAGCCGCAGGCUUCAGCGAGUCCAAGACAAGACCGGGAAGCUGCCUCGGGUGCGGGAGGAGCUGUGAGUGGCUGGGCCAGCUCCUGGGGACACGGCCCGUGACUGGUGCAAGGCAAGCUUGGCAUCAGCAGCUGUGAGAAGCUGCCAUGGGACUUAAUACGGGAACAGUGGGCUCUCUGUGGCCAUGCUCCACCAUCGUGGCAACCCAGGAGGGUUGACCAGCCCUGGACUCAGGAUGCUGUGUAAGGAGCAGGCUAGACUCGGCAGGCACUGCUGCCUGGGGGC